AUGUUCACCUAUGAAUGUUGUGCUAUUUCACGCUAUCUACUUAUUCUAUUUGUAUAUAUUCAAUUAAUUAACGCUGUAUUAUUAGAACCGUUUUAUUGGAAUACGACAACGUUCAGGCCUUAUCGUAACAGUGAAAUAUCGUUUGACGUUCGUUUAGGUGACGCUAUGGAUGUUGUUUGCCCUUACUACAAUGAACAACAAUCUUAUAUGACAAAUGAUCUGGAAUACUAUGAUAUUUAUCAAGUAACUGAAAAUGAAUAUGAAACAUGUCGUAUUUAUUCACUUGGUGAUAAUCGUUUAACUCGACUUGUUAUUAGUUGUAAUAGUCCACAUGAAAUAAUGAAAUAUACUCUAAAUUUUCGUGAAUAUUUACCCAUACCAAAUGGAUUUGAAUUUAAUGCUGGUCACACUUAUUACUUUAUCUCUACAUCCGAUUCAACAGAGUUUGGUCGUCAAGAUAUGGAAUCUGGUAGUUGUGAAAAACAUUCAACUCGAAUUAAAAUUCAUGUUGGUAGACGUCAUCAACAAUAUCAUCCAUCCACGACAACUACGACAAGUUCAUAUCCAUUACGUCCAGCAACAAACAGCUUGUCUAAAUAUCGAAAUCCAAUAUGGACAGCGUUAAGAGCAGAAAGACACAGUGAUUCACAUUCAAUAGCAUGGAUAACACAGUGGCCAAAAGUGGAUGAUGAUUCAAAUUUAGGCAUGUAUAAUGAUGACAUUGAUAUAUUUAUAGAUGCUAGUUAA